UUUUGCUGUACGGUGCUGCUGAUUGUUUUCACUUUGGUGUGUCUGUGUACACUGCAUUUAUUCACUAAAGCAACCGGGAGAAAGGACAAGCACCAAAACUGGACUUGACCAGAGAUACUUGCAUAAGUGUGAUGUUAAACUAACAGGUCUGCCUGUGAUCCUGUUAUUAGGCUGGGCUCAGCAGUGCCUGGGAGCCCAGGGAGCCACUGUCUGAGUCCCUUGGGGUCAGCGCCAAGAAAUCACUGACGAUGAACGCCUCAAAGGGAGGCCUGGUCAUUUUCACGGCCAACUCGAACCCGUCCAGCAGAGAGCUGGGUAAAAGGAUUGCUGAACGGUUGGGUGUGGAACUUGGCAAGGUGCAGGUCUAUCAGGAGGCAAACAGAGAGACUCGAGUUCAAAUCCAAGAGUCUGUGCGUGGUAAAGAUGUCUUCAUCAUCCAGACUGUAUCCAAGGAUGUUAAUACGACCAUCAUGGAACUGCUUAUUAUGGUGUACGCCUGUAGGACCUCCUGCGCGCGGAACAUUAUCGGAGUCAUUCCCUACUUCCCUUACAGUAAACAGUGCAAAAUGAGGAAAAGGGGCUCCAUCGUCUCCAAACUGCUGGCCUCCAUGAUGUGUAAAGCAGGUUUGACUCAUCUCAUCACUAUGGAUUUGCACCAGAAGGAAAUCCAAGGCUUUUUUAACAUUCCAGUAGACAACCUGCGAGCAUCUCCAUUUCUGUUGCAAUACAUUCAGGAAGAGAUCCCUGAUUAUAGAAAUGCAGUAAUUGUUGCCAAAUCUCCAGCGUCAGCAAAAAGGGCACAGUCGUUUGCUGAAAGGCUUCGACUGGGUAUUGCUGUGAUCCACGGCGAAGCACAGGAUGCCGAGUCUGAUCUCGUGGAUGGACGACACUCUCCACCUACUGUCAAAAACAUCGGCGCUAUCCAUCCCAGUCUGGAAAUACCUCUACUCAUCCCAAAAGAAAAGCCUCCAAUAACUGUAGUGGGAGACGUGGGGGGUCGGAUCGCCAUCAUUGUGGAUGAUAUCAUUGAUGAUGUGGACAGUUUCCUGGCAGCAGCUGAGACACUGAAGGAGCGAGGUGCUUAUAAAAUAUUUGUCAUGGCAACCCAUGGAAUCCUGUCCUCUGACGCACCACGACUGAUAGAGGAGUCUGCGAUUGAUGAGGUGGUCGUCACAAACACCAUUCCACAUGAAAUCCAGAAACUUCAGUGUCCCAAGAUCAAGACGGUCGACAUCAGCAUGAUCUUGUCCGAGGCAAUUCGUCGCAUUCACAACGGAGAGUCAAUGUCGUAUUUGUUCCGCAACAUAGGCGUGGAUGAUUGACAGCUUUGUCACCUUCUGUUUCAUCACUGCCAGUUGUGUAAUGUGCAUGAAAAUCUUAUCUUUUCCCUCACGUUACACUGAUCAUGUGGCCAAAACUAUAUUUUCUCGACAAUAAAAUGUUCUCAAAGGUCAUUUUUUUUGUACAACACUUUUUUUUUUAAAUUUAUUUAUUUUUUAUUGCGCAAAUCCUGUUCACUUACUAAUUACUGCAGCGUGAUUUUCAGAUCAAGUUCUGCAAAAUACCCUUUACAACUAUUUGUUUUGGUUGCUGAUUUUGUAAUUAAUUUGAAGGGAAAAAAACUGGCUUUUUUUUUUUUAAUUGAAUACCAAUUUGUAUUUUAUGUAUGCUACCAUUGAAUUUAUACUAAUUAGAAUGAUUGAUCAGGGUGAAAGUGCUUUACUGUGUCUGAUGCUCGUGAUUAUUUACACUCUUGGGGAGGGAGACGACUUUCACGUGGCCAACAAUAACAAAUAUUAACACAAUGACCGUCUGUUAGCACGAUGCCAUAUAAUUGUACCAGUCAUUGCCUCGUGACUUGUGUAAUCACUGUGCUACUGGAUAAUUAAAUGUGUAAUUGAUUCGGCAAGUUCUUAGAAGCACUAACGCUUAAAUAUUUUAUUUUUCUUUUAAAACAGGACUUUAAUGUGCAAAAUUUGAUAUUUGCUUAAACUGGAAGUAGAUUAUUAAGUAGAAAUGUUUUCAUGCCAAGAUGUUCAACUUGAGCAUAUGAAAGCUGAUUUUGCUUUUACUAAUUAUGGGUCCAUACUUGCUUCAAAACUGAAAUAUUUCACGUUAUGUUUUGCUUAACUUUGACUUUACCAGUCGGACCAUUUCAGAGUCUUUUUGUUAUUGUACUAAUCCUUUAGGCUCCCAUAUUUCCUUACAGUACAUUAUGCUGAAUUAGUAAAUGAAUAAAAUGGUAUCAUUGUUUUGAAUUUAAUUAUGUCUGCGGUGUUGUUUUCUGUAUAUCGAAAUGGGCAGUGUGUAGCAGUUU